AUGGCUUUCCUUGGUGGGCGUGCUAGGGUCCCGCAACCCUACGAACCUCGAGAACCUUCAGAUGAACCUUUCGCUAGGAUGGAUCUGUUCGAGGAGGGAUGCACACUCCCUCCACUCCCGACUCGUGCCUACAUCGCUCACGGUUAUUGGAAAGGAGACGUGAACCGUACGUCUCCAAUGACCGACGUCCUCGAACUAACACCUCUUACACUGGAGGGUAGAAAGAUUGCCCCUAACCGGUCGCACCUAUCCUCAAACGGCUCGGGUUCGCUACCUAAACUCAAGCAUGGUCGCCUGGGGGGAGGGGGGAGGGGGAAAGGAGACCUGCUGGGAGUUACAUAG